AUGGCACAAAACAAAUCCAUUCUCUCUUUGAUUUUUCUUGCACUCAUUGUUUUUAACCAAGGGUUCAAGUCCAUCGAGGGACGAUAUCUAAAGUCUAACGAAGUUAACCAAAGCCUCAUGAAGAAUAAUGAGGCUAAUAAUGAUGAUACCAUUCAUGUUAGUAUUUCGGUUUCAAAUGCAUCAACACUCACUACCAUGUCUCCACCAAAUGUGGUGGUUAAUGGUGCUACCGGAGAACCAUCUCUUCCUCCUCCUCCCGCUCACGACGUCAACGACUUUAGGCCCACUGCUCCUGGCCAUAGCCCCGGUAUUGGACACUUCGUUCACAACUAA